AAACUGUACUUUGAGAUUAUCUACAGCAAUUGUUCAAUACUAGAUUUGUUUUGGGGAAUGGACCAUUCUUAGCACAUCUUGUUGUCUAAAAUAAUUAUAAAUUCAACCCACCUCCCCUUCACUUUGUCUCUCCUUUUGUUCUUUUACUCUUGACGUUUUUCUCUCUGUCUCUCUCUCUCAGUAAUUUCCCUGCUCUCUGUUCUCAGUAGAUGAGACUUCCUCUUUGUUCCUUGUCUCUCAUCUCGAGGAGCUUCUCUGAUAGGCUGUCUGCUAUCCCAGGAAGGCGGGCAGUGAGUGGCGCUGCGAUGCGAUUGGUACAGUUCUGCCUUAAAGGCGAUGAGGGAAGGGUCAGGGUUGGUGUGGAGCAGGGGGAGGGGCUAGGGGUCGUUGACCUUAAGGCCUUUGACCCUUCGAUGCCCACAACCAUGAAAGAGCUGCUGGAGCUGGGAGAGAAGGGCAUGGAGUGUGCACAGAGGUAACACACACAUACUUUAUUGGUGCCUGGCUGUCAGUAGCCAUCAUUUCCAUCCAGAGCACAUACUCUUUUUUUAUUUCUCUCUCUCUCUCAGAGCACUGGAGGCUAGUCCUGCUCAGUGUGUGGUUCCCCGUGUGGAGGUGAGGCUGCUGUCCCCAGUCCUAGCACCAGAGAAGGUGGUGUGUGUGGGGAUGAACUACCGGGACCACUGCCUGGAGCAGGAUGCCCUUAUCCCUAAAGAACCAAUCAUCUUCAGCAAGAUCUUGCAACUUUGUCGAUGGAUUCUCUUCUCUGCUUCUCUCUGAUUGGAGGAGGUGGACUGGUAGGUGGAGCUAGCCUUUGUGAUUGGACGAAAGGGGAAACACAUUAAGGUGAGUCUGACUGAACACAACUUGACAGACACAGGGGUUUCAUGACAGACUCACCCACUCACCAUUCUAUAUUUCUGUCAGGAAGAGGAUGCUAUGUCCUAGGUGGCAGGUUUCACCGUGGCCAACGAUGUCAGCGCACGUGAUUGGCAGAUGAAACGCAACGGGAAGCAGUGGCUGCUGGGAAAAACCUUUGACAGCUUCUGUCCUCUCGGCCCCGCCUUAGUGACCACCUCUGCUGUGAAGGGUGAGAGAGGCAGGGAGGGAGGGAGAAACAUGAUGAGACAAAAUGUGCAAAAUGUUCUUACUUUGGCAGAGUGGUUGCUACAAUGUAUAUGGGCCGUUCCACCAAUUCGGUGCCUUUUGAGAAGUGUUCUUUUUUUAUUUCACCUAAUUCAGCGGGCAAUUCAGUCACGUCGCGGACACCAACGCAGCCCUACUGGACGAGGUAAACACCUUUUUCUCAUGCUUUGAGCACAACGACGAGCCCCUGAACAACGAGCGCUAUGUACUUACGGUCUCCACAGAGGAGGUAUGUAAGUCAUUCAAAUAUGUUAACCCUCGCAAGGCUGCCGUCCCAGACCAGCUGGCUGUUGUGUAUUCUGAAACGUUCAAUAUCUCUCUAGCUCAGGCCGCUAUCCCCAAAUGCUUCAAGAUGUCCACUAUCAUCCCCGUGCCCAAGAAAGGGAAAGUAACUGAACUGAAUAACUAACGACCCGUUACACUCACUUCUGUCAUCAUGAAGUGCUUCGAGGGGCUAGUCAAAGACCACAUCACCUCCUCCCUCCCCUCCCCGACACACUCAACCCUCUCCAAUUCGCCUACCGGAAAGUAACUGAACUGAAUAACUAACGACCCGUUACACUGACUUCUGUCAUCAUGAAGUGCUUCGAGGGGCUAGUCAAAGACCACAUCACCUCCUCCCUCCCCUCCCCGACACACUCAACCCUCUCCAAUUCGCCUACCGUCCUGACAGCUCCAUGGACGUCGCAAUUGCCAUUACAACUGCACACUGACCUCACCCACCUGGACAAAAGGAAUGCAUAUGUGAGGAUGCUGUUCAUCGAAUACAGCUCGGCCUUCAAUACCAUAGUGCCCUCUAAGUUCACCUCAAAGCUCACGGCCCUAGGACUGAACUCCUCCCUAUGCAGCUGAGUCCUGGACUUCCUGACGGCCGCCUUCAGGUGGUGAAGGUAGGCAAAAUUACCUCCGACACUGAUUCGCAACAUGGGGGCCCCACAAGUGUGCGUCCUCAGUCCCCUCCUGUACUCCAUGUAUACCCAUGACUGCGUGGCCUCACGACAAAUGGCCCUCUAGAGAUGGACAGCGUCCCAGACCAGUCCGGACCUGUGGAACCACUCGUCGACAGCGGGCGCAUCUGUCUGGUUGGGUGUCCAAGGGGCCAGGGCCGGUUGGCCCCAGGACGCACUCGAAGGGAGUGAGCCCCGUGGAGGAGUGAACAAGGGAGUUCUGGGCAUGUUCUGCCCAGGGAAGAAACCUCGCCCACUCACCCUGCCGGUCCUGACAGUGGCAACAAAGAAACCUCCCCAGCUCCUGGUUCAUGCACUCCACCUGCCCAUUCGACUGAGGCCUAUACCCGGAUGUGAGGCUGGCCGUGGCCCCGAUCUUCUCCAGGAAAGCCUUCCACACUCGGGAGGUGAAUUGGGGGCCACGGUCUGAGACGAUGCCCUCCGGAAGUCCAUAAUGCGGACCUCAGCGACCUGGAGAGCAGAAGGAAGACCAGUUAGUGGCAGAAAAUGACAUGAUUUGGAGAACCGAUCUACGACCACCAGGACUGUGGUGAAGCCGUCAGAACGUGGGAGGUCGGUGACAAAGUCAAUGGACAGGUGUGACCAAGGUCGCUGAGGCACUGGGAGAGGAACUAUUUUGCCUGCCGGGGCAUUCCGAGGUGUCUUCGUUUGGGCACAUACGGAACAGGAGAAGACAUCAGUAGCCAAGGUGGGCCACCAGUAUUUUUGUGAGAGAGAAUGUAGGGUGCACGUAAUACCCGAGUGCCCUGCCGUAAGGGUGGUGUGCGGCCAGGCCAGCAGGCAGUCACGGACCCUGGUGGGUACAUACACGCGCCCCGGAGGGGCGUUGGCAGGCGCUGGGUCCUCCUGAGUCGCCAGGCGGAUGUCUUCGUCCACAUCCCAAAUGACAGGUGCCACGAUGAGAGACGGAGGCAGGAUAGGACCCCCCCUCCGGUAUGGUGCAUCCUGGAGAGGGCGUCGGCUUUCACAUUCUGGGAUCCUGGGCGGUAGGACAGAAUAAACUGAAAGCGAGUAAGAAAUUGGGCCCACCUGGCUUUACGGGAGUUCAUCCGUUUCGUUGCCCGUAUGUGCUCCAAAUUCUGGUGGUCAGUGAGAAUCCGGAAUGGAUGGACUGCGUUCCUCCAGAGCGAGGACCACCGCCAACAACUCCCUGUCUCCAACUCCAUAGUUCCUCUCUGCGGGAGUAAGCUUUUUCGAGAAAAAGGCACAGGGAUACAUUUUCCCUGGCUUACCUUGCCGCUGGGAGAGGACCCCACCCAUGCCCUCCUCAGAUGCGUCCACCUCCAGGAUGAAAGGGCGAGCUGGAUCUGGGUGUUUUAGGAGGGGCGCUGUGGUGAACCUCCGCUUCAGCCUCUUGAAGGCACCGUCAGCCUCAGGGUUCCAGGCCAGCUUCUGAGACCCACCCUUAAGGAGAGAGGUGAGCGGGGCGGCUAUGGAGCUGAAGGACCUGAUGAAACGCCGGUAGAAAUUUGUGAAGCCCAGGAAGCUCUGUAGGCCCUUGAUGGUGGUGGGGACUGGCCAUGACCUGACGGCGUCCGUCUUCGCUAUUUCCAUGAACACCCCCUGAGGACUGAUCCUGUAUCCCAGGAAGGAGAUGGCCUGUUGGUGGAAUUCACAUUUCUCUCCCUUCACCAACAGGCUGUGUUCCCGGAGGCGGAGUAGGACCGCUCGGACGUUCCUGACGUGCUCCUCGAACGUAGCCGAGUAGAUCAGGAUAUCGUCGAUGUACACCACCACCUGUCUAAUCAGCAUUUCUUGGAACAUGUCAUUGACGAAGGACUGGAACACGGAAGGUGCGUUGGCGAGGCCGUAGGGCAUGACGCAGUAUUCAUAGUGGCCUGAGGUAGUGCUGAAUGCCGUCUUCCACUCGUCUCCUUCCUGGAUUCGGAUCAGGUUGUAGGCACUCCUCAGGUUUAACUUGGUAAAGUACCGGGCCCCUCGUAGCUGCUCGAUGGCCGACGGAACCAGAGGGAGGGGGUACUGGUACUUGGUGGUGACUGCGUUCAACCCCUGGUAGUCAAUGCACGGCCUCAGUCCUCCGGAGGCAGGAGAGGUAGAGCGUCUGAUGAACCCCUGUUUUAGGGUCUCCACCACAAACUUCUCUCCAUGGCCUCAGUCUCCGCUAUGGAAAUGGAGUAAAUGUGACUCUUCAGGGGGUGUUGUCCCUCCAGCAGGUCAAUGGCACAGUCCCAGGGCCUGUAAGGAGGGAGACAUUUAGCCUUGGAGGCAGAGAAGACAUCGGAGAGAUCUGCGUACACACGUGGAAUGUUGGGCUGGAGGGCGGACUCCGGAAUCUACACUGACGUGGAACAACAAACCACCGGCAGGCAGGUCCUCCGGCAUGAUGGGGACCAGGCUGUGAUCCUCUUGGUGAUCCAAUUGAUGGUGGGGUUGUGUAGUCUGAGCCAGGGCAAUCCCAAGACGAUCCGGUGAAGGGGUGACGUGACAAUGUGGAAGGACAGCUCCUUGUGGUGCUCCGGUAGUGUGGGAAUGGUGAUGGUGAUGGGGAGAGUGACGUGCGUAAUGGUGCCUGAUCCAAGUAGUUUAUUGUCCAGCGAGGUGACAUGUAACGGAGAAGGCAGUGGUACGGUGGGCAACCCCCAUUCAGAGACCAGCUCCCUAUCGAUAAGGUUCCCCGCUGAUCCGGAAUCUAUCAUUGCCGUGGAAAGCGAAGAGAAGGAAGAACCAUUCACCGUUAGGGGAACAAAAAACAAUGGUUUGGUGACAGGUGAUGAUGGAACACUGAACGGAACGCCGACGGGAGUCAUACCGCCUAGAUAGGGAGCCGCCAGGAGAUCUGUGGUCCGUGGUGGUGUAGGGGAUACUGCCCACCUUCAUGGGUGAGGACUCGGAGGCAGGGUGGCUUCCAUAGCUCAGAUGGGGUAAGCGUCGAGGCUCCGGGUGGUGUUGGGAACGCCGUCGGUCUCUCAACAUGUUGUCAAGAUGAACGGACAUGGCGAGGAGGGUAUCAAGGUCCAUCUUGUCAUCCCGAAAUGCAUGUUCCGUCGUGAUGUCCUCCCGUAAGCCUCUCCUGAAGGCUGUGCGCAGAGCACGCUCAUUCCAGUUGGAAGACGCCACCACUGUGCGAAAGCUCAGGGCAUACUCGAACUCGGUCUCCUCUCCCUGUUGUAGCCGGAGGAGACGCUCACCCCCGUCCUUUCCCUCCGUGGGAUGAUCGAACACCGCCCUGAACCGAUCGAGGAAGGUGGAGUAGGGAAGCGCCGCGGCCUCACCUCCUUCCCAGACAGCCAUUGCCCAAUCCAGCGCCUUUCCCUUCAGUAGCGAAAUCACCAGCCCUAUCCUGGCUUGGUCCAAUGGAGAUGCCCCACGCUGAUGCGCCAGAUACAGUGAAACCUGUAGCAGGAAGCCUCUACUAGCCUCUCUAGCAUAGCCCUCCAGCAGGGCGAGGGGUCCCUCAGACGUUGGUGAUAGCACGGGAGGAGGUGGACUGGGUGCACUCGCUGCUCCCUGAGGUGGAACCGGAGCGAUGGUCAGUUUAUGCAGCAUUUGGAGCACUUCCUGCAUGGAGGCGUUCAGCUGGGCAAUCUACUCAUUUUGUGGAACGACCCAUAUGUGGUUUCGUUUCAAAUGGCACCCUAUUACCUUUAAAGUUAACUUCUAUGGGCCCUGGUCAAAGGAAAUAGGGUGCUAUUUGGGACACAGACUAUAUCUCUGCAUUUGUCAUCAGACCCCCAUAAUCUGGGUAUCCGCUGUCUGGUGAACGAUGUUCCAGUCCUGAACAGCAACACUGACCAACUGAUCUUUAAGACUGAGCAAGUGGUUGCUUGGGUCUCAAAGUGAGUGAUAGCAGUCACAUGGUCAUAAACAGUUAUGACAACAAAGUUACACUGUCAUGAUAAAAACAAUAUUUGUGAUAGCUAUUGAGUAGUGUACAGUUGCUCUAACUAUGAUAACAAAGAUUUGCAUGUGUGUGUUCUCUCCUAUGUUAGGUUUAUGACGUUGUCUCCAGGUGACGUGUUUCCAACGGGGACUCCUCCAGGUGUGGGCGUGUUCAGGAACCCACCUGUCUUCCUCAAGGUCAGCAUCACACAGUUAUAUAAAGACAUUGGUUGUGUUCCAGGCCAACUACAUAGCAGAUGUUAUAAUGCCUCAACCAAUGGUUGUGUGCCACUUCAUCGACUGAUUGCUAUAUCAUAGGCGUUGUGAGAUCUGACAUGUGUCUGUAAUGUAGUUAGCCUGGAACGAGACCGUCAUGUUCAACUCCACAUCCACCCCCAGCCCCUAUAGGGCAAGGAACUUCACAUAGAUCUAAAGAAAUCGGAUAGGUAUUAUCAAUAUGGUCGUAGAUCCACCUUGCCAUCUGAUAGGCUGGAUACAAGUUUCACCACAUUGUUUACACAAAUCCAAUUAUUUAUGUGUACUGUACACACCAGUUCCACAGGGUAGGGGCAAGGGGUUAAUUUGGGAUUGGGCACAAGAGUUACAAGUGUUGUCUGUUAUGGUCCUCAGUGCUUGACUUUGGCAGGAGCUCACCGGAGCUGAGUACCGGCACCUAAAAUGUUCUACUGCUUGAGCUCCUGUUCCUCUUAUAGAAUAUUAGCUCAAAAGUAUUGUGGAGCUCCUGCACCUAAAUAUAAACAGUACCAGCACCCAAAAUGAGUUCCGGAACCUAUUUCAGUCCAAGUCAAGCAAUGGUGGUCCUGUCUUGUGAAAGGCAUAAUGAAGUGUUCCUGUGUGUGUGUGUGUGUGUUUGUGUUUCAGAGACGUGACGUGGUUGAGGGUCAGAUAGACCAGCUGGGGGUCAUACGCAACAAUGUUGUCUGACCUAUGACCCCUGACGCAGCCAGCCCAUUGGACAGCUCUCUCUUCAAUCAACCAAUCAUUAUGAUUGAUUGAUUCAGCUCUCUUUUGGACCGAAGUGGCAUUAUUCUAGUGUACUGUAAAUCAGGUCUCAACUCAUGUUGCAUAUACAGUG